AUGCUGUGCAGACUUGUGUUUGCUGUUUCGGUUGUUCUAUUAACGAUAUCUAUCGUUUCUGGACAAGGAAAUAUUUGUAAUCCCAAUCCAUGCCUUAAUAAUGGCCGAUGUAUAGCACUCAAUGGCAAUAUUGAUUUUUAUUGUGUAUGUCCAACCGAUAUUCCAGUCGGUGGUAAACGGUGUGACCAAUUACUUUUAGAAACAACAACAACAACAUAUAGGCCGACCACUCUGGUAACCCCAUCACCUUGUGCAUCAGAUCCAUGCUUAAAUAACGGCGCAUGCACGGCAUCUCAAUUCGGCAAUACUUAUACUUGUACAUGUGGUGCAUACUUUUAUGGAGUACGAUGUGAACAUAUGAAUCGAUGUUAUUACCAACCGGAACUUUGUCAAAAUGGUGCUACCUGUGUGCCUGGCAUCGAUGGUGCUUAUUCAUGUCGAUGUACAUCUUCAUAUUCUGGUGCUAAUUGUCAACAAUUCAAUCUGCCAACAGGCAUUUGUUCUUCUAUGCCUUGUAAAAAUGGUGCAACAUGUGUAGCUCUCAAUAAUAAUGCAAAUUAUUACUGUACGUGCCCGGCAGCAUAUACUGGAUCGACAUGUUCUAAUCCUAAAACAACUUGUCCUGAAGAUUACUGUACCAAUAAUGGACAGUGCACGUUUGAUUAUGCACUUAAUCGGCUAAGAUGUGCUUGUCCGGGUACAUUUAGCGGUCAAUUUUGUGAAAUUCCGAUUGGUCAAUCAAAUGCAUGUUCAAGUUUCCCUUGUUUUAAUAAUGGUAGUUGUACACCAGCUGGUGGUUCGUUUCUUUGUACUUGUAAAGGAACAUACUCGGGCAAUCAAUGUCAACUUGGAUCUGAUACUAAACCUUGCUCAUCGUCACCGUGCAAAAACGGGGGCAUUUGUACGAAUGUUGGCAACGGUUAUCAAUGUCAAUGUUCACCAGGUUUUCAAGGAGCGACAUGUGAAGUUAAUACGAAUGCGGGCAAUUGUUAUUAUACAUCAUGUAUGAAUGGUGGAGCAUGUAUUGCUAGUGGAAGUACAUUUGUCUGUGCAUGUCCAUUUGGUUAUAGUGGGGGAAGAUGUGAAGAACAAACGCUCGCACCAAAUGGAAUUUGUGAUAGAAAUCCAACUCUUUGUAAACAAGGAGGCGCAUGCAUAUCCAAUUCAACUCAUUUUCGAUGUGUUUGUCGAACUGGAACUGAAGGAGAAUACUGUGAAAAAAAUACCACACUUUCGUGUUUUCCGACGAAUCCAUGUUUCAAUGGUGGAACUUGUUAUUUCAAUGGGUUUGAAAAUGUUUGUUUUUGCUUAUCGGGAUACACUGGAAAAAGAUGCGAAGAACAAACGCUCAUACCAAAUAGAAUUUGCAGUAUAAAUCCAACUCUAUGUAAACAAGGAGCCACAUGCAUAUCCAAUUCAACUCAUUUUCGAUGUGUUUGUCGAACGGGAACUGAAGGCGAAUACUGUGAAAAAAAUUCUACAAUUUCGUGUUUUCCGACAAAUUCAUGUAUCAAUGGUGGAACUUGUUAUUUCAAUGGAUUUGAAAAUGCGUGUUCUUGUCUAUCAGGAUAUACAGGGAAAAAAUGUGAAACCUAUGAAUAUGAAAGCAGUGCAUGCAGUGCUAAUCCUAAUUAUUGCAAAAACGGUGGAACUUGUAAAAUAAAUAAUAAUGCACUGAUGUGUCUAUGUCCACCACCCUACAUAGGAACAACAUGUCAACAAAUCGCACAAAAUGAAACUAAUAAUGUUUGCAGCCUAGUUCUAGGUCGAUGUAGAAAUGGUGGAACAUGUCUACCCGUCGGAACUAAUGCGUUUACUUGUCAAUGUACACCAGGAUGGACAGGAUUAAAUUGUGAAACCCCUACUACUUCAACAAGCAAUUGCCUUAGUAAUCCAUCGUUGUGUUUAAAUGGUGGCCAAUGCUUUUACGUUGGAAAUGGAUACAGAUGCGUUUGUCCUGUUGAAUAUACUGGAUCAUAUUGCGAAACAAGAUCAACUGCAUGUAGUCCAACAACUUGUGCUAAUGCAGGUCUAUGUCUUGCAACCACAGAUGGAGCUGGCUGGCGCUGCGUUUGUCAGCCACAAUUCACAGGAGAUCGAUGUCAAAACUCAAUUAGUGUGUCACAAUGUGCUGCACAACCUUGUGCAAAUGGUGGUACUUGUGUUGAUGGCCCAUUUACAUUCAAUUGUAAAUGUCCUUAUCCGUUCAAAGGACAACGCUGUGAAUUAAUAUCUACAGUUCAAUUACCAUGCGAUAGUAAUCCAUGUUUGAAUUCUGCCACAUGUACUAAUGGCGGUGCUAAUUUUCUUUGUUCGUGCCCUCCUGGUUAUACAGGAAGUCUAUGUGAAACAAAUAUUCGACCAGCUUUUUGUAGUAUCGAUUGUUCACCCGGUUAUUGCUUUUCAAAUUCCGGUAUUCAGCCACCAUAUGCCUGCUAUUGUACCGAUGAUACUAUCCAACUGAAUAGGUGUGCCUCUUUAUUUAAAAAUAAAAAAGAAUAA